AUGACCUAUGCACAGAGCAUACCUCGGCAGACAAUUUAUGAGCGCUCGUGGCAGCAGCGUUCAAUCAACAGGCAAUCACCUAUGCUACACUUCCGAUAUCACGUGGUACCUUGGAUUGAGUCGAACGACUGCAAGUCACUGUUCGGUCCAGCAAUAAUGUCUUUAGCGCGCGACAGCAAGAUCAUCUUUGACUGCAUAUCCACUUGCAUGCGAUCGCGAGACGACAAUCUUGAUCUAGAACACAUCACGUCUGCUGGCUUAACAGCGCCUUCGGGACUUCUGGAACGACUCGUUCACGAGGACCCAUUUACCACAAACGUCGGAUAUGCGCUUCUUGCGAUUAGCAGCGUGUACAACACACCGCCUUCCGACUGGUCCAUCAUCGCCUCUACUCGUGAACCGCGUUUGGCUGAGGCUGUCCUAUCGAGUGGCGGGUUCGAACUUACACUAGAGCCAUUGAAGUCGCUCCUUCGAUUGCAGUUGAAAGUGGAUCUCGCAGCCUCCAUUAUGACAAGCAAGGCUCCUUCGGCCGAUAUCGUUAUUCCCCUGAUAGAUGUCAUGAUCAGCAACGCAGGUGAUCCUCCGUCAUCUCACGACGACUGUCUUUGUUGCCUUGCACUCUCUCUGCGUCUGGUACACUUCGAGUUAGUUCCCAUGCUAUCUGGUUUCCACGAAUCGUCUUUACAGCCUGUCGGUCCACACAUCUCCAGAUGGGAUCGGUGGUAUGAACUCUGGAGUAGAUGUAUGGCAUGGUUUCAGGACCGACCUCGUAAGAUGAAGCCUGUGCUUGAAAGUUCGGAUGAAGAUCCUAGUGACAAGCAACCCUUCCCCAUUGAUGUGUUUACCAGCGUCACCGCUUUGCAAGCAAAUCUCGUCAUGCACAUCUCAGCAGUGAUUCUGCUAUCACAAAAACCCCGUCUUACAAACGUAACGUCGACCUUCCAGCGCCUCGGAUCACGAAGUUGGCACAUUCAGAAGAUUACAGGUAUGCUGGUUGGUAAUCAUUUCAAUGAACAGUGGGACCCGAUAGUCAUUGCUGCACUGCUUUCUGUCGCCAAGGAACUGUCGCACCCCUCCCAGCAGGAAGCGCUUCUAUCAUGCUUCAACGAAAUCUCGAGGACAACACGGAUUCCCAUCGAAAAGGAUCUCACCGAACUUCGUACAUGCUGGCAGUCAAUCCGAAAGCAUGACCCACCAAAUUUGUCGCCUGCAUUCUGA